AUGGACCCCUCCCUCGUCAAAAUCCCUCCCCUCCGCGACCUCACAAUCGACAACAUCACCGAAAACGUCAUCUUAAUCAAUUCACUCUGCGAAGAUGCGCGCAUGAAAUAUGUGCUUGAACGACUGGUUACGCAUCUCCAUGACUUUGCGCGCGAGACUCGUCUGAGUUCAGAGGAAUGGAUGGCCGGGAUCAAGUUUUUGACCGAGACGGGGCAGAUAUGUACUGAUGUUCGACAGGAAUUCAUCCUCCUCUCCGACGUCCUCGGCCUUUCGCUACUAGUCGACUCAAUCGACCACCCAAAACCACAGAAUGCAACCGAAGGCACAGUCCUAGGCCCCUUCCACACGCACGAAGCACCCCAACUCCCGCAAGGAAGCUCGAUGUCGCAAGAUCCCAACGGCGAACCUUUACUCGUCCUAUGCACCAUCAAAGACCGCUCGGGAAACCCCAUCAGCGACGUAAAAAUCGAUAUAUGGGAGACCGAUUCAACGGGUCAUUACGAUGUUCAACACGCCGAUCGAACAGGUCCUGAUGGGCGGUGCGUGAUGCUGUCAGACGCAAAGGGAGAGUUCUGGUUCAAGGCUAUAAAACCCGUGCCGUAUCCGAUUCCGCAUGAUGGGCCCGUGGGAAAGUUGUUGAAGAGGUUGCAUAGACAUCCGUAUAGACCGAGUCAUAUGCAUUUUAUGUUUGAGAAGGAGGGAUAUGAUCAUUUGAUUACAUCACUCUACCUCCGUAAUGAUCCCUACGAAACAUCAGAUGCCGUCUUUGGCGUCAAGAAUACCCUCGUCGUCGACCUGGGAAAUGUCGACGCUACUCUUGCUGCUAAGCAUGGUGUUGCAGAGGGCUCGUGGUUGAUGACUUAUGACUUUGUGCUUGUCACGGAUGCGGAGACGAAAGCCCUAAGAGAACAUAAUUCGCAGGUUGCGUUGGAUAGAUUGGGUAGGAAAGUCAAGAUUGUGAAUGGGCUACCGAUUCCGGAUUUGGAUUGA